AUGACCCUAGCCGCUUUUCAAUGGCGGAUAAGUCUUGGAGGGAGAAGGGUACGUGAACGGGAACCAGGCCUUCAGGCCCUGCCACCUCGCAGAGAGUUGCUGGAAACAUCCAAAAUGAUACAGACCAACAUUGCCUCUAAAACUGUAUCUCUCAGACGUGCCCUUCCUGGACACGACAGGCCUAAGAGGUCAGACUCCUCAAAGCCACCACAGAAGAAGCUCAAAGAGCAUUUUCCCAAAACCAACAUUGCUCAAGUUGCCUGUGGGACGGAGAAGGAGAUCUGCUCUCUGUCCUCCCCGCCCCCCUCCGCCCCUUUUGGGGCACAUGUCUGCUUCUUACAACACCGAGGCACAUGGUUCCAGUUAGGCACCGAACCCCAUCAGGACGGAGAGGAAAUCCACAUCUGUGGGACGCUCCGCACGGAACCACCUCCAGCGAGGGAGGCCGGGGGACUGCAGCACCGAGAUGAAGGGCUAGAGACCGAGGAACGCUGCUCAUGCGGUGAGAAGAGGGCGCGGGAGGCGGCGCGAGGCGCGUCGGGGAGGCCGGGAGGUGGGCCUGGUGCCCCGCGCAGCCGCUGUCGAUAUUUGCCCGCCUUGCUGCAACUUGCUGCAGUGUUUGAAAGAGUAGUAGGAGCGCAUGGAGGUGGGGCCGGGGAAAGACCAGGCGGAGUGGUUGGGGGUGAGCGCGGAGGUCAGGGGACGCAGCGGUGCUGGGGAGGGGGCGGAGGUGGAUGGGGAGCGGGGGGGGGUGGCGCUGGCCAACAUGCCCACAUGUCAUGUGCUUUUGAACGGCCGGGAGCAUAGUUCGCGAGCUGGAUCUGGUGGAGGAUGCUGCGGCAGGUGCUUCGCAGAGGGCUCCAGUCGUGCUGCCACAGGCUGGGCUUGUGCGUGAGCCGGCACCCGGUUUUCCUCACCGUGCCCGCAGUCCUGACCAUCACCUUCGGCCUCAGCGCGCUCAACCGCUUCCAGCCCGAGGGCGACCUGGAGCGCCUGGUCGCUCCCAGCCACAGCCUGGCCAAGAUCGAGCGCAGCCUGGCCAGCAGCCUUUUCCCCCUGGACCAGUCCAAAAGCCAGCUCUAUUCGGACUUACACACCCCUGGGAGGUAUGGCAGGGUGAUCCUCCUCUCCCCACCCGGGGACAAUAUUUUGCUCCAGGCUGAGGGGAUCCUGCAGACCCACCGAGCCGUGCUGGAAAUGAAGGAUGGGAGGAACAGUUUUAUUGGACACCAACUGGGCGGGGUAGUGGAAGUGCCAAACAGCAAGGACCAGCGGGUCAAGUCAGCCAGAGCCAUUCAAAUCACCUACUACCUCCAGACCUAUGGUUCUGCCACCCAAGACCUCAUAGGGGAGAAGUGGGAGAAUGAGUUCUGUAAGCUUAUGAGGAAGCUCCAGGAGGAGCACCAGGACUUCCAGCUCUACUCUUUAGCAUCCUUUAGCCUCUGGAGAGACUUUCAUAAGACCAGCAUCCUGGCCAGGAGCAAGGUCCUGGUGAGCCUUGUGCUGAUCCUGACCACAGCCACCCUCUCCAGCUCCAUGAAGGACUGUUUGCGCAGCAAGCCCUUCCUGGGCCUCCUGGGGGUGCUCACGGUGUGCAUCUCCAUCAUCACGGCAGCAGGGAUCUUCUUCAUCACCGAUGGAAAGUACAACUCCACCCUGCUUGGAAUCCCAUUCUUCGCCAUGGGUCAUGGAACUAAAGGAGUGUUUGAGCUUCUGUCCGGAUGGCGCAGAACAAGAGAGAAUUUACCCUUCAAAGACAGGGUUGCAGAUGCCUAUUCUGAUGUGAUGGUCACCUAUACCAUGACCAGCUCCUUGUACUUCAUUACCUUUGGCAUGGGUGCCAGCCCAUUCACAAACAUAGAGGCUGUGAAGGUCUUCUGUCAGAACAUGUGUGUCUCCAUUCUGUUGAACUACUUCUACAUUUUCUCAUUCUUUGGCUCCUGUCUGGUCUUCGCGGGCCAACUGGAGCAAAACCGCUACCACAGCAUCUUUUGCUGUAAGAUCCCCUCCGCGGAGUACCUGGACCGCAAACCUGUGUGGUUCCAGACGGUGAUGAGUGACGGGCAUCAACAGACAUCCCAUCAUGAGACGAACCCCUACCAGCACCAUUUUAUUCAGCACUUCCUACGCGAACACUACAACGAAUGGAUUACCAAUAUCUACGUGAAGCCGUUUGUCGUCAUCCUCUAUCUCAUUUACGCCUCCUUCUCCUUCAUGGGGUGCUUGCAGAUCAGCGACAGGGCCAACAUCAUCAAUCUACUAGCCAGUGAUUCUCCGAGUGUUUCCUAUGCCAUGGUUCAGCAGAAAUAUUUCAGCAACUACAGCCCGGUGAUAGGAUUCUACAUCUACGAGCCGCUGGAGUACUGGAACAGCAGCGUCCAGGAGGAUCUGAGGAGGCUCUGUAGUGGGUUCACUGCAGUGUCCUGGGUGGAGCAGUAUUACCAGUUCCUGAAAGUUAGCAACAUCAGUGCCAGUAACAAGAGUGACUUUAUCAGUGUCCUACAAAGUUCAUUUUUAAAAAAGCCAGAAUUCCAGCAUUUUCGAAACGAUAUCAUCUUCUCCAAAGCAGGGGAUGAAAACAAUAUUAUCGCUUCUCGCUUGUAUCUGGUGGCCAGGACUAGCAGAGACAAGCAGAAGGAAGUCAUAGAAGUGUUGGAAAAAUUGAGGCCCCUGUCCCUGUCAAAGAGCAUCCGAUUCAUCGUGUUCAACCCCUCCUUUGUGUUCACGGAUCAUUAUGGCUUGUCUGUCACGGUGCCUGUUCUGAUUGCAGGCUUUGGUGUCCUCCUGGUGUUAAUCCUGACUUUUUUCCUAGUGAUCCACCCUCUGGGAAACUUCUGGCUAAUUCUUAGUGUCACCUCAAUUGAGCUGGGCGUUCUGGGCUUAAUGACACUAUGGAACGUCGACAUGGAUUGCAUUUCUAUCUUGUGCCUUAUCUACACUUUAAAUUUUGCCAUUGACCACUGUGCACCACUGCUUUACACAUUUGUACUAGCAACUGAGCACACCCGAACACAAUGUAUAAAAAGCUCCCUACAAGAGCAUGGGACAGCCAUUUUGCAAAAUGUUACUUCUUUUCUUAUUGGGUUGGUCCCCCUCCUAUUUGUGCCUUCAAACCUGACCUUCACACUGUUCAAAUGCUUGCUGCUCACUGGGGGUUGCACACUUCUGCACUGUUUUGUUAUCUUACCCGUGUUCCUAACCUUUUUCCCCCCUUCCAAAAAGCACCACAAGAAAAAGAAACGCGCCAAACGGAAGGAGAGAGAGGAAAUUGAAUGCAUAGAGAUUCAAGAGAACCCUGAUCAUGUCACUACAGUCUGA